GGUUUGGUGUUCCUCUGUACUAGUGUGCUGGUAUGUUUUGUUGUUAUUAUCUGUGUACAAAACGCUGCUGACUUCGAAGCGAUAGUCUACAUUGGGACUGUCCUCGAAGCACAAGCAGGCUGCAAACUAAAUCGGGCGUUCGAUUUUGGUUGAAUCGACACAACAUAAAUUAACAUCAAAUGGUUGUUUACCAUCUCUAGUUAUCGUUUGUUACUAACUAGCAAGCAGCCUAAUAUUAAUUACAAUCGUUAUCAGGCCAAGAGGUUUGAGCUACUUAUUUUGGCUCGGAUAUUUGGUUAAAUUAUACCAACAAAGAGUUCCUUUCAUUUAAUAAUUACGUCAUCAUUAGUCCUGUUCAGCCUUACUAAAAAGCACCAAGGUAUCAUCGAAAACGUUUUUUUUUAAAGGACCGCUUUGCCUUUAUUUGCAAUAUUUUGUAUUCGUUUGACGAAGCUGUACUUAGUCUUGGAAACUUUCGUUUGUCUGCAUCCUCAUAUCUUGAGCUCGGAGCCCGGAACUCUGGAUCGUUGCCAACUUUGAUUGGACUAUUUUCGUUAAUUUCAAAAGAAUAUUUUUGUUGAUGAAGCUGCCUGCUGCAAAUAUAGUCGAGACUUCAAAUGUGUCUGUGACAUCGGCUGGGCGUGAUCUGAUUGAACAGACACAACAGAAGUUCAGUGGGACCACCUCCAAUAUUACGAACAAAAAGCAAGUCACACUACCCACGUCUCAAAGCCAGCAAAGCCAUACGAUGACAAUCGAGUCGGAUAUGUUGGGUGAAGAUGAGUACGAGUCACUGCCUGCUUCUGUUGGUCUGAAGACAUACAUGAUAGCAGGCGCCAUGGCGGGAAUAUUAGAACACUGUGCAGUCUACCCCCUAGAUUCAGUCAAGACCAGAAUGCAAAGCAUACUGCCACAGGAAACAUGCAGGUAUAAAGGAGUGACAGAUGCCUUUAAGACCAUUUCGAAGACGGAGGGCAUGUUCCGCACUGUGAAGGGUAUCAAUGUGGUGGCGGUGGGGGCUGGACCCGCACACGCUCUCUACUUCUCCUGCUACGAAGUGAUGAAGAGGAAGUUCUCAUCCGUACUCCAGUCUAAAACCGGACAGAGUCCAGUGGCAAAUGCUACCGCUGGAUUUUGUGCUACUUUCAUCCACGAUACAUUCAUGAACCCAGCCGAAGUUGUGAAGCAUCGUCUGCAGAUGUCCUGCAGUCCCUACAAAGGUGCGUUUGACUGCAUCCGCACAGUUUAUGCCCAGGAGGGUAUCCCCGCUUUCUACCGCAGCUUCGGCACCGCCUUCCUUAUGAACGCCCCCUUCCAGAUGACACAUUUUACGUGUUACGAGUAUUUACAGGAAUUAUUGAACCCGUCUCGUGAGUGGAAUCCAUGGACACAUUGUGCAGCUGGAGGCAUAGCUGGGGCCUUAGCAGCGGCCAUUACAACCCCAAUGGAUGUUUGCAAAACAGUAUUAAAUACUCAAGAACAAUGUGUUACGUGUAAUUUAUACACUGGUCCAGCCACUGUUUCUGGACCAGUAGCUGCAGUUAAGACUAUUUACGAGGCUAAAGGACUCUCAGGGUUUUUCAGUGGGAUCCGAGCCCGAGUUCUGUUCCAGAUGCCGGCCACUGCUUUAUCGUGGUCGGUCUACGAACUGUUCAAGUAUAUAAUCAGUAACAGAAACAGCUCAUCUUCUUUGUCUUCUAGUCAUCAAUCUCUUGAGGGCGCCACAACUGGAACAUGAAUGAAGGGUACAAGAAGCUGUUUAUGCAAUUCUGACUGAAAAUCCUGACAGGAGACUGUUUGACCCUUCGUUGUUUACUGUCUGAUUUGUUGCCUCCGAUAUUAAGUUUGAAACAUCCCGCUCAUAGAAAAAAACUCAAAACAUUAGGAGAUCAUUAAUCAAAAUUAAAAAAAUAAGAAAUUAAUGAAGAAAAAUCAAUCAUGAUGAUAAUAGCUAAUACCUUUGAGCUAUUUGUUUCUUCUUAAGAUUGGGAUUGCUUAUAGAGGUAUCGAAGGCAACAAAUUCCUUCGGGUGCAUUGUGAACUCUUUUUCAUUGCAUUGCGAUGAAUGAAGUUUAAUGGUCUGCAAAUAUAUAUGGAAAUGAUGAUGCAAAUACACAUUUGAAAUGA